ACAUAUAUUGCCAAAAUAUGUCCACUCUCCUGGAAAACAUCGUUGGCAUCAUUAAUCUUUUCAUGCAAUAUUCAAAAAAAGAUAAAAGCACUGAAACACUGAGCAGAAAAGAGCUGAAGGAACUUCUGGAUAAGGAGUUUCGGCCAAUCCUGAAGAAUCCAGAUGACCCAGAUACAGUUGAGGUCUUCAUGGACAACCUGGAUAUAGAUCACAACGAAAAAAUUGACUUCACUGAGUUUCUUCUGUUGAUAUUCAAGUUGGCAAAAGCAUAUUAUGAGUCGAACCGAAAACAGAACUUACCGACAUCAGGACACAGGCACAAAAGGCACAGUCAUCAUGAUAAACAUGAACAUGACAAAGAGGAAGAAAAAAAAGAAAAGAAAACCAGACACUCAAGUCUGGAAAAAAGAAACAACAGAAAAGAAAAUAGGGAAAGAUCCAAGAGCCCAAGAGAAAAAGGGAGAAAAAGACAUGAAUCACAGCCUGAGAAAAGAGGAAGAAAAGAAUAUUCACCGACUCAGAGAGAAGAGGAACAAAAUAGAAAAGCACACCAUGAGCUAAGCAAUAAGAAGAGAAACAAGACCGACAAUAGUGGAUUAGAAGACAAUGAAGAGAGACGAAGCGGAAGUCCCUACAGAAGAGAAGAGGAAAAGGAAGAAGAAUUUGAUUAUGAAAAUACAGGAAGGAUGAAGGAAAAAUGGAGAGAAAGCGGAGAUAUUGCAACAUAUUACAAAAUCAUAAAUGAAGAGGAUGAGACAUAUGAUAACCAAUUAGAAAAAAACACAAAAUUUGAUAGAGAAAGUACAUCUUAUCACCAAUCAUCAUCUCAAAGAGAAAGGCCUAGAUACAGAGAUUCGAGCCAUAAACAAUCAGCAGAGGCCAGAAACAGUAGGCGCCAAGGACCCAGCAUUAGCCAGGAGAGUGACAGCGAGGGACACUCAGAAGACUCCCAGAGGCGAUCUGAGUCCGGUUCCAGAGACCAUCAUGGGUCCGCUCGGGAGAGGUUGAGAGAUGGCUCCAGGCACCACGGGUCCCAUCACGGAGACAGAGCCGGUCACGGGCACUCUGCAGAACCAUCCGGACGAUCAGGCGCCCGUCACGCAGAGACUUCCUCUCGUGGUCGGGCUGCGUCUUCCCAGCAGCAGGCAACAUCAAGUCCAGGAGGAAGACACGGAUCCCGCCACGAGCACUCAGCAGACAGCUCUGGACACUCGGGCACCGGCCGCGGACAGUCCUCAUCUGCAGUCGGCCACCAUGCACACACGGAGUCCAGUGGCAGUCAGGCCAGUGACAGCCAGGCGCAUUCAGAAGACUCAGACUCACAGUCAGUGUCAGGCCACAGACAGGCUGGGCACAGUCAGCAGAGCCACCAUGAGUCUGCAUGGGGCCAGUCAGGGGAAAGGUCUGGACGUUCAGGCCCUUUCCUCUACCAGGUGACCACUCAUGAGCAGUCCGAGUCCGCCCACGGACACUCCGGGCGUGGCACUGGAGGAAGACAAGGAUCCCGCCACGAGCAUGCCCGAGACAGCUCCAGGCACUCAGCGUCCCAUGAGGGCCAGGACACCACUGGUGGACAGCCGGGGUCAAGCAGAGGAGGAAGGCAGGGAUCCCACCACGAGCAGUCGGGAGACAGCUCCGGACACUCAGGGUCCCAUCACCGCCACUCGGCUUCCCAGGGCAGGUCUGAUGCUUCCCGUGGGCAUUCUGGAUCCCGAAGUGCAAGCCGACAAACACGUACCCAGGAACGGUCAGGAGAUGGCUUCGGGCACUCAGGGUCGCAUCACCACGAGGCUUCCACUCGGGCAGACAGCUCCAGACACUCACAGUCGGGCCAGGAACCAUCAGUGGGCUCCAGGGCCAGCAGGCGCCGGGGAUCCAGCGUUAGCCAGGAGAGUGACAGCGAGGGACACUCAGAAGACUCCCAGAGGUGGUCUGGGUCUGGUUCCAGAGAACAUCAUGGGUCCGCUCGGGAGCAGUCGAGAGAUGGCUCCAGGCACCGCGGGUCCCAUCACGGAGACAGAGCCGGUCACGGGCACUCUGCAGAACCAUCCGGACGAUCAGGCGCCCGUCACGCAGAGACUUCCUCUCGUGGUCGGGCUGCGUCUUCCCAGCAGCAGGCAACAUCAAGUCCAGGAGGAAGACACGGAUCCCGCCACGAGCACUCAGCAGACAGCUCUGGACACUCGGGCACCGGCCGCGGACAGUCCUCAUCUGCAGUCGGCCACCAUGCACACACGGAGUCCAGUGGCAGUCAGGCCAGUGACAGCCAGGCGCAUUCAGAAGACUCAGACUCACAGUCAGUGUCAGGCCACAGACAGGCUGGGCACAGUCAGCAGAGCCACCAUGAGUCCGCACGGGGCCAGUCAGGGGAAAGGUCUGGACGUUCAGGCCCUUUCCUCUACCAGGUGACCACUCAUGAGCAGUCCGAGUCCGCCCACGGACACUCCGGGCGUGGCACUGGAGGAAGACAAGGAUCCCGCCACGAGCAUGCCCGAGACGGCUCCAGGCACUCAGCGUCCCAUGAGGGCCAGGACACCACUGGUGGACAGCCGGAGUCAAGCAGAGAAGGAAGGCAGGGAUCCCACCACGAGCAGUGGGGAGACAGCUCCGGACACUCAGGGUCCCAUCACCGCCACACGACUUCCCAGGGCAGGUCUGAUGCUUCCCGUGGGCAUUCUGGAUCCCGAAGUGCAAGCCGACAAACACGUACCCAGGAACGGUCAGGAGAUGGCUCCGGGCACUCAGGGUCGCAUCACCACGAGGCUUCUACUCGGGCAGACAGCUCCAGACACUCACAGUCGGGCCAGGAACCAUCAGUGGGCUCCAGGGCCAGCAGGCGCCGGGGAUCCAGCGUUAGCCAGGAGAGUGACAGCGAGGGACACUCAGAAGACUCCCAGAGGUGGUCUGGGUCUGGUUCCAGAGAACAUCAUGGGUCCGCUCGGGAGCAGUCGAGAGAUGGCUCCAGGCACCGCGGGUCCCAUCACGGAGACAGAGCCGGUCACGGGCACUCUGCAGAACCAUCCGGACGAUCAGGCGCCCGUCACGCAGAGACUUCCUCUCGUGGUCGGGCUGCGUCUUCCCAGCAGCAGGCAACAUCAAGUCCAGGAGGAAGACACGGAUCCCGCCACGAGCACUCAGCAGACAGCUCUGGACACUCGGGCACCGGCCGUGGACAGUCCUCAUCUGCAGUCGGCCACCAUGCACACACGGAGUCCAGUGGCAGUCAGGCCAGUGACAGCCAGGCGCAUUCAGAAGACUCAGACUCACAGUCAGUGUCAGGCCACAGACAGGCUGGGCACAGUCAGCAGAGCCACCAUGAGUCCGUACGGGGCCAGUCAGGGGAAAGGUCUGGACGUUCAGGCCCUUUCCUCUACCAGGUGACCACUCAUGAGCAGUCCGAGUCCGCCCAUGGACACUCUGGGCGUGGCACUGGAGGAAGACAAGGAUCCCGCCACGAGCAUUCCCGAGACGGCUCCAGGCACUCAGCGUCCCAUGAGGGCCAGGACACCACUGGUGGACAGCCGGGGUCAAGCAGAGGAGGAAGGCAGGGAUCCCACCACGAGCAGUCGGGAGACAGCUCCGGACACUCAGGGUCCCAUCACCGCCACACGACUUCCCAGGGCAGGUCUGAUGUUUCCCGUGGGCAUUCUGGAUCCCGAAGUGCAAGCCGACAAACACGUACCCAGGAACGGUCAGGAGACGGCUUCGGGCACUCAGGGUCGCAUCACCACGAGGCUUCCACUCAGGCAGACAGCUCCAGACACUCACAGUCGGGCCAGGAACCAUCAGUGGGCUCCAGGGCCAGCAGGCGCCGGGGAUCCAGCGUUAGCCAGGAGAGUGACAGCGAGGGACAGUCAGAAGACUCCCAGAGGUGGUCUGGGUCUGGUUCCAGAGAACAUCAUGGGUCCGCUCGGGAGCAGUCGAGAGAUGGCUCCAGGCACCGCGGGUCCCAUCACGGAGACAGAGCCGGUCACGGGCAUUCUGCAGAACCAUCCGGACGAUCAGACGCCCGUCACGCAGAGACUUCCUCUCGUGGUCGGGCUGAGUCUUCCCAGCAGGAGGCAACAUCAAGUCCAGGAGGAAGACACGGAUCCCGCCACGAGCACUCAGCAGACAGCUCUGGACACUCAGGCACCGGCCGCGGACAGUCGUCAUCUGCAGUCGGCCACCAUGCACACGCGGAGUCCAGUGGCAGUCAGGCAAGUGACAGCCAGGCGCAUUCAGAAGACUCAGACUCACAGUCAGUGUCAGGCCACAGACAGGCUGGGCACAGUCAGCAGAGCCACCAUGAGUCCGCACGGGGCCAGUCAGGGGAAAGGUCUGGACGUUCAGGCCCUUUCCUCUACCAGGUGACCACUCAUGAGCAGUCCGAGUCCGCCCACGGACACUCCGGGCGUGGCACUGGAGGAAGACAAGGAUCCCGCCACGAGCAUGCCCGAGACGGCUCCAGGCACUCAGCGUCCCAUGAGGGCCAGGACACCACUGGUGGACAGCCGGGGUCAAGCAGAGGAGGAAGGCAGGGAUCCCACCACGAGCAGUCGGGAGACAGCUCCGGACACUCAGGGUCCCAUCACCGCCACACGACUUCCCAGGGCAGGUCUGAUGCUUCCCGUGGGCAUUCUGGAUCCCGAAGUGCAAGCCGACAAACACGUACCCAGGAACGGUCAGGAGACGGCUUCGGGCACUCAGGGUCGCAUCACCACGAGGCUUCCUACUCGGCAGACAGCUCCAGACACUCACAGUCGGGCCAGGAACCAUCAGUGGGCUCCAGGGCCAGCAGGCGCCGGGGAUCCAGCGUUAGCCAGGAGAGUGACAGCGAGGGACACUCAGAAGACUCCCAGAGGUGGUCUGGGUCUGGUUCCAGAGAACAUCAUGGGUCCGCUCGGGAGCAGUCGAGAGAUGGCUCCAGGCACCGCGGGUCCCAUCACGGAGACAGAGCCGGUCACGGGCACUCUGCAGAACCAUCCGGACGAUCAGGCGCCCGUCACGCAGAGACUUCCUCUCGUGGUCGGGCUGCGUCUUCCCAGCAGCAGGCAACAUCAAGUCCAGGAGGAAGACACGGAUCCCGCCACGAGCACUCAGCAGACAGCUCUGGACACUCGGGCACCGGCCGCGGACAGUCCUCAUCUGCAGUCGACCAUGCACACGCGGAGUCCAGUGGCAGUCAGGCCAGUGACAGCCAGGCGCAUUCAGAAGACUCAGACUCACAGUCAGUGUCAGGCCACAGACAGGCUGGGCACAGUCAGCAGAGCCACCAUGAGUCCGCACGGGGCCAGUCAGGGGAAAGGUCUGGACGUUCAGGCCCUUUCCUCUACCAGGUGACCACUCAUGAGCAGUCCGAGUCCGCCCACGGACACUCUGGGCGUGGCACUGGAGGAAGACAAGGAUCCCGCCACGAGCAUUCCCGAGACGGCUCCAGGCACUCAGCGUCCCAUGAGGGCCAGGACACCACUGGUGGACAGCCGGGGUCAAGCAGAGGAGGAAGGCAGGGAUCCCACCACGAGCAGUCGGGAGACAGCUCCGGACACUCAGGGUCCCAUCACCGCCACUCGGCUUCCCAGGGCAGGUCUGAUGCUUCCCGUGGGCAUUCUGGAUCCCGAAGUGCAAGCCGACAAACACGUACCCAGGAACGGUCAGGAGAUGGCUUCGGGCACUCAGGGUCGCAUCACCACGAGGCUUCCACUCGGACAGACAGCUCCAGACACUCACAGUCGGGCCAGGAACCAUCAGUGGGCUCCAGGGCCAGCAGGCGCCGGGGAUCCAGCGUUAGCCAGGAGAGUGACAGCGAGGGACAGUCAGAAGACUCCCAGAGGUGGUCUGGGUCUGGUUCCAGAGAACAUCAUGGGUCCGCUCGGGAGCAGUCGAGAGAUGGCUCCAGGCACCGCGGGUCCCAUCACGGAGACAGAGCCGGUCACGGGCACUCUGCAGAACCAUCCGGACGAUCAGGCGCCCGUCACGCAGAGACUUCCUCUCGUGGUCGGGCUGCGUCUUCCCAGCAGCAGGCAACAUCAAGUCCAGGAGGAAGACACGGAUCCCGCCACGAGCACUCAGCAGACAGCUCUGGACACUCGGGCACCGGCCGCGGACAGUCCUCAUCUGCAGUCGGCCACCAUGCACACACGGAGUCCAGUGGCAGUCAGGCCAGUGACAGCCAGGCGCAUUCAGAAGACUCAGACUCACAGUCAGUGUCAGGCCACAGACAGGCUGGGCACAGUCAGCAGAGCCACCAUGAGUCCGCACGGGGCCAGUCAGGGGAAAGGUCUGGACGUUCAGGCCCUUUCCUCUACCAGGUGACCACUCAUGAGCAGUCCGAGUCCGCCCACGGACACUCCGGGCGUGGCACUGGAGGAAGACAAGGAUCCCGCCAUGAGCAUGCCCGAGACGGCUCCAGGCACUCAGCGUCCCAUGAGGGCCAGGACACCACUGGUGGACAGCCGGGGUCAAGCAGAGAAGGAAGGCAGGGAUCCCACCACGAGCAGUCGGGAGACAGCUCCGGACACUCAGGGUCCCAUCACCGCCACACGGUUUCCCAGGGCAGGUCUGAUGCUUCCCGUGGGCAUUCUGGAUCCCGAAGUGCAAGCCGACAAACACGUACCCAGGAACGGUCAGGAGAUGGCUUCGGGCACUCAGGGUCGCAUCACCACGAGGCUUCCACUCGGGCAGACAGCUCCAGACACUCACAGUCGGGCCAGGAACCAUCAGUGGGCUCCAGGGCCAGCAGGCGCCGGGGAUCCAGCGUUAGCCAGGAGAGUGACAGCGAGGGACACUCAGAAGACUCCCAGAGGUGGUCUGGGUCUGGUUCCAGAGAACAUCAUGGGUCCGCUCGGGAGCAGUCGAGAGAUGGCUCCAGGCACCGCGGGUCCCAUCACGGAGACAGAGCCGGUCACGGGCACUCUGCAGAACCAUCCGGACGAUCAGGCGCCCGUCACGCAGAGACUUCCUCUCGUGGUCGGGUUGCGUCUUCCCAGCAGCAGGCAACAUCAAGUCCAGGAGGAAGACACGGAUCCCGCCACGAGCACUCAGUAGACAGCUCUGGACACUCGGGCACCGGCCGCGGACAGUCGUCAUUUGCAGUCGGCCACCAUGCACACGCAGAGUCCAGUGGCAGUCAGGCCACUGACAGCCAGGCGUAUUCAGAAGACUCAGACUCACAGUCAGUGUCAGGCCACAGACAGGCUGGGCACAGUCAGCAGAGCCACCAUGAGUCCGCACAGGGCCAGUCAGGGGAAAGGUCUGGACGUUCAGGCCCUUUCCUCUACCAGGUGACCACUCAUGAGCAGUCCGAGUCCGCCCAUGGACACUCCGGGCAUGGAACUGGAGGAAGACAAGGAUCCCGCCACGAGCAUGCCCGAGACGGCUCCAGGCACUCAGCGUCCCAUGAGGGCCAGGACACCACUGGUGGACAGCUGGGAUCAAGCAGAGGAGGAAGGCAGGGAUCCCACCACGAGCAGUCGGGAGACAGCUCCGGACACUCAGGGUCCCAUCACCGCCACACGGUUUCCCAGGGCAGGUCUGAUGCUUCCCGUGGGCAUUCUGGAUCCCGAAGUGCAAGCCGACAAACACGUACCCAGGAACGGUCAGGAGAUGGCUUCGGGCACUCAGGGUCGCAUCACCACGAGGCUUCCACUCGGGCAGACAGCUCCAGACACUCACAGUCGGGCCAGGAACCAUCAGUGGGCUCCAGGGCCAGCAGGCGCCGGGGAUCCAGCGUUAGCCAGGAGAGUGACAGCGAGGGACACUCAGAAGACUCCCAGAGGUGGUCUGGGUCUGGUUCCAGAGAACAUCAUGGGUCCGCUCGGGAGCAGUCGAGAGAUGGCUCCAGGCACCGCGGGUCCCAUCACGGAGACAGAGCCGGUCACGGGCACUCUGCAGAACCAUCCGGACGAUCAGGCGCCCGUCACGCAGAGACUUCCUCUCGUGGUCGGGUUGCGUCUUCCCAGCAGCAGGCAACAUCAAGUCCAGGAGGAAGACACGGAUCCCGCCACGAGCACUCAGUAGACAGCUCUGGACACUCGGGCACCGGCCGCGGACAGUCGUCAUCUGCAGUCGGCCACCAUGCACACGCAGAGUCCAGUGGCAGUCAGGCCACUGACAGCCAGGCGUAUUCAGAAGACUCAGACUCGCAGUCAGUGUCAGGCCACAGACAGGCUGGGCACAGUCAGCAGAGCCACCAUGAGUCCGCACAGGGCCAGUCAGGGGAAAGGUCUGGACGUUCAGGCCCUUUCCUCUACCAGGUGACCACUCAUGAGCAGUCCGAGUCCGCCCACGGACACUCCGGGCGUGGCACUGGAGGAAGACAAGGAUCCCGCCACGAGCAUGCCCGAGACGGCUCCAGGCACUCAGCGUCCCAUGAGGGCCAGGACACCACUGGUGGACAGCUGGGAUCAAGCAGAGGAGGAAGGCAGGGAUCCCACCACGAGCAGUCGGGAGACAGCUCCGGACACUCAGGGUCCCAUCACCGCCACACGGUUUCCCAGGGCAGGUCUGAUGCUUCCCGUGGGCAUUCUGGAUCCCGAAGUGCAAGCCGACAAACACGUACCCAGGAACGGUCAGGAGAUGGCUUCGGGCACUCAGGGUCGCAUCACCACGAGGCUUCCGCUCAGGCAGACAGCUCCAGACACUCACAGUCGGGCCAGGAAUCAUCAGUGGGCUCCAGGGCCAGCAGGCGCCGGGGAUCCAGCGUUAGCCAGGAGAGUGACAGUGAGAGACACUCAGAAGACUCCCAGAGGUGGUCUGGGUCUGGUUCCAGAGAACAUCAUGGGUCCGCUCGGGAGCAGUCGAGAGAUGGCUCCAGGCACCGCGGGUCCCAUCACGGAGACAGAGCCGGUCAUGGGCACUCUGCAGAACCAUCCGGACGAUCAGGCGCCCGUCACGCAGAGACUUCCUCUCGUGGUCGGGCUGCGUCUUCCCAGCAGCAGGCAACAUCAAGUCCAGGAGGAAGACACGGAUCCCGCCACGAGCACUCAGCAGACAGCUCUGGACACUCGGGCACCGGCCGUGGACAGUCCUCAUCUGCAGUCCGCCACCAUGCACACGCGGAGUCCAGUGGCAGUCAGGCCAGUGACAGCCAGGCGCAUUCAGAAAUCUCAGACUCACAGUCAGUGUCAGGCCACAGACAGGCUGGGCACAGUCAGCAGAGCCACCAUGAGUCCGCACGGGGCCAGUCAGGGGAAAGGUCUGGACGUUCAGGCCCUUUCCUCUACCAGGAGACCACUCAUGAGCAGGCCGAGUCCGCCCACGGACACUCCGGGCAUGGCACUGGAGGAAGACAAGGAUCCCGCCACGAGCAUGCCCGAGACGGCUCCAGGCACUCAGCGUCCCAUGAGGGCCAGGACACCACUGGUGGACAGCCGGGGUCAAGCAGAGGAGGAAGGCAGGGAUCCCACCACGAGCAGUGGGGAGACAGCUCCGGACACUCAGGGUCCCAUCACUGCCACACGGCUUCCCAGGGCAGGUCUGAUGCUUCCCGUGGGCUUUCUGGAUCCCGAAGUGCAAGCCAAGAAACACGUACCCAGGAACAGUCAGGAGACGGCUCCGGGCACUCAGGGUCGCAUCACCACGAGGCUUCCACUUGGGCAGACAGCUCUAGACACUCACAGUGGGGCCAGGAACCAUCAGCCGGCUCCAGGGCCAGCAGGCGCCGGGGAUCCAGCGUUAGCCAGGAGAGUGACCUCGAGGGACACUCAGAAGACUCCCAGAGGCGGUCUGCGUCUGGUUCCAGAGACCAUCAUGGGUCCGCUCAGGAGCAGUCGAGAGAUGGCUCCAGGCACCCUGAGUUCCAACAGGCCAAUAGACGUGGUUAUGGGUCCUCUUCCUCUGUGUUCUCAGACUCUAGUACCAGCAAGGAACAUGUUCACUGUAGUAGUCUUUCCGAAGAUUCUGAAUAUUGGUCAGGAAUACAGCCACGUGGCAGUGAUGACAUUUCUUGUUCUCAUACCUUUUAUUCUGAUACUACUGAAAGGCAUGGAGGUCAAUCAGGGUCAGUUUGGAGACAUGGCAGCUAUGGUAGUGCAGAUUAUGAUUAUGGUCAAUCUGGGUUUAGUCACUCUCAGGAUGGAAGUGUUCAUUUCAAUUCCAACCCGGAGGUUUUUAAGGAAAGAUAUAAAAUCAGAAAAGCAAGUUCAUUUGUUGAAGAUCAUCCAAGGUUUCAUGCAACGUAUAUUAAUAGGUACCCAGGUUUAUAUGGGCAUUCAAGAGAUACAUCAAAGCAGCUGGGAUUUAGUGAGUCACAGAGAUACUAUUUCUAUGAGUAAGAAACAAAUGGCAAAGGAAUUUGUCCAAGAACAGAAGAACCAGGCAAAAACCCUUUCAAUCUAGAAACUUCAUAAUACUUUCUGGGAGGCUAUUUUUUUCCUGUCAAUCUGUUUAAAAUAUUCUACAGUAUUUCAUUGGUUUGGUGGUCAUUUAUUUUUAGUAUGUAGUCUUUAAACUUUAUAUUUUGGGAAUUAUAAAUUUAAGAAAUCAAUAUUAUGGAGAGCUAACUUUAGAAAAUACGAGUAUUUUAGGAGAUUGGGGGUCAAGUAAUGUUUCAUGUUUUUGAGAGUUUAAGUUUUAGAUAUUCUCCAAAUUUCUAAAUUAAUUAUUUUCCAGAAAUAUUGCAGAUGCUAGAAAUAUGAAACUAUUCUUUGGCAUACCAAAGUGUGUAUAUCAACACUACGGCUUAGGACAUCUUUCUCUCUUCUUUUUCUAUUGGAAUUCUAUGAUUCUGUAUUCAAAAAAAUAAUCUUGGACAGAAUUGGUGUUUGAUUAAACUGCAUUAAAAUCAGAAAUAAACUAUUAAUCAUAUAA